GACGGCUGGCCAGUCGCGGGUUGCCCACUACCCCGAGCACAUCUUGACGGACGGCGCUGUCACCCCGCGCACCACGGUGUGUGUCUCGCCUCUCGUGCGCAAGACUCAUCCACACUGAUGAUGCAGGAGGGUAGGAGGUGGAGCAGCCACUGGUGUGUGUGACGCCUGCAGCAUCCCGAGUUUGGUGCCCGCUUCUCAGUCCUCCUCUCCCGUUGUACCAGUCACAGGAAGCUAUCUGUGGUCCCUGCCAGCCACAGGAAGCCAUCCGUGGUCCCUACUACCCACAAAAGGAUCAUCUGUGGUCAAGUCAUUCACACCAAUCCAUCUGUGGUCCCCAUCCGCUGCAAGGGGCCAUCUGGGGUCCAUACCCGUGACAAGGAGCCAUCUGUGGCCCCAAUGAGUAACCACAAAAGGUGCUCUUGUGCUGACUGGCUCACUCACCACCCGCACACUCACCACUCCCUCAAGCUAUCCCACCACCUGCACAUCUGCAGGCUGGUGGACACGUCACUUCUCUCUCCACACACUAAAUAAAAACGAAGGUAUUAAAAGAAGAAGACGCAGAACAGGAUUAAACGGUAACUUGCUCAUCACAGACUUGUUUCUCGGUGCGAAUGAUACAUAGACGAGCAUGAGAGGUGUCCGUCAUUCAGGGGAUAAGACUAGCAAGGCGUGAGAGUGUCUAGGGCCCGGACUGUAGUGAAUAAUGCGUCAAAGAGACGCUCAAUAUAUAGAUAUAAACAGUCAUCGGCGAGUCUUCAAGGAGUUGUGGGAGUGUACUUCAGCGCAGUAGGUGAAGGUGUGAGGCCAUAGUGGACUUGAGUGUGACAAGAGCGACAGCGAGGAAGUGAAGUGCAAGAGUUAUUAGUGAUGAGGUGGUCAGGGAUGUCCGGGAUGGGCGUGCGAGGGCCUUUAAUAACGCCCUCACUGGCGCGGGCGGCGGCCUGUUUCCUGGUGGUGGCCGCGGCGACCUGCGCACAACCUGCCCACCCCAGCCACGCCUCCAGUCACCUCCACCACACCACCACCACACUCACGGUCAGCAAUAUUAAGGUUCGUCCAGAACGUGCAGCACUAACACCACCCACUGUAACAUCACUUCGACCACCUGACAGAAAUAAGAAUGGACAGCAUGUUGGAGGUGUGACCAUUCCAGGCGAACAGAGUGGAAGCAACAGCCCACCAAUCGUAGCCAGCCUCUCGCCUUCCAGCAUCGGCUCCUCAGAUCAUCAUCCAUACCGUAACACACCAGGGAUUAUAUAUCACCGCCAACCCAUAUCACCUGUAGCAACUGCUGCCUCAAACUCAGGGAAUGAUGCAGAUUUGACUAAACAACAUUUUCUCAGAGCUCAUCACCAUACACACUUUGCACCAACACCCAGGAACAUAUCUUCAUCAACAAGGCACAAGAUCCCAAUGCUGGCAGCAACAGCAACAUCCUGGAACAGCAGUAUGUCUGCACAUGCUGACACAAGUAUAACUAGGAGAGCCCGUAAAGAUCAUAGAGAUACAAGAAUAUCAAGUAGAAUGGUUCCAGAACCUGUUGAGGAAGGUGACACAAAGGAAGUGACCUUGGGUGAAGCAGGAGGAACAAGCGAGGACAAUGCUGCAGUGGGAGGUGUAUGGGAGACAAGAGCUAUUGAUGAGGGCACAGUGUUGGAGAAAGGUAAUCAUCGACCCCAUUUUUCCGAUGGUCGCCCUGAUACUUUUGGCCAUAGUAUAACUGAAGACCUCUCGCAUCUCAAGACUGAGCAUUCACCACGAAGGGAUCGAGGAAGAGAAGCUGUUACAUUUAUUUCAUACCCUGCAAGUGAUCAUUCAUCAAGGGCAGCAUCUGAUCAGUAUUAUCCUCGUCAUCAUGGGUUUGCAGUUCAUGAAGAUAAUUUUCAUAAUACUGGUUCAACCGACUCUCAUAUAUCCUCGGGUAGUAUUCCAGAACAAGUCUCCAGAAGGGUGUCUGUCUCUCAUCACGUGGCAGGACAUACACACCAACCUCAUCCAGAAAGAACAUCUGAACCUUUUCAUGGUGGUUUUGAAUCUGUUGAUUAUACUCUCCAAAGCAGAAAUAAUCAGGAGGGGAACAACCCUCGUGUAUAUGGUCUACCUACUGAUGACUUUCAUCAAAAUGAUCGUGUGGUGCGUGAGAGAGGAACAUCACCGGCCAGUCCUAACACAGCAACCACUACCUCAAGCUCAGCUAGACCUCUCAGUAUCCAAGAGAUUGUUAGAGCAAAAAAUAUGUCUAAUACAGAUGACUUGCUGUUAUUCUUAAAAGAAAAGAACAUUCCCUUUCGCAAACUUAUUGAAUUUAUUAAUCGUGGGGCAAAAAUUCAAGAAGUUCUACUGUUCCUUCAAUCAGAUACUGACACACCAACAAAUGAACCAUCAUUUUCAUCAAAAUCUAAUAGCAAACCUCUCAGAGAUUUGUCACUAACUGAUGAGGAAUAUGCAGGUAAUGUUUUUAAAAAUAAAACUAGACCAAGAAAGAACAGUGAAAUCUCUCAGGUAGCAGAGUCACCUGAAUCAAAUUCUGGCAUAAUCUUCAGCGAGAAGAUUCAUGUCACUGCAACGUCUGAUUUGUCAGAUAACCAAAACUUUCCACUGUCUACCAGUCCAGAGGAUGAGCUAAAUGAUGAAGCACUCAAAGAUACCAUAGACACUGAUGAUGAAAAAAAGCAAAGAAGAAAUAGGAAUAAGGGUCAAAGAGUCAGGCAGAGGGGAAAGAACAGAGGCAAGAAAAAUAAAGGUAAAAAAGGAAAAAAAGGAGAGCAAGGACUGCCUGAUCUUGUUUACACAACAGUAAUACUGCCUGUGGAUACCAAUAUAAAUGGAAGUGGAGCAAAAGUGACACAAUUUUCAAUUUCUACUGAAACACCCUUAACUACAACUACCAUACCCUCUGUUUCAACAAAAUCAUUUAUUACAACAGAGUCAAAUAUACCUAACUUAUCAACAGAUAUACCCACUCCAGCUUCCUCUUCUACCCAAUCACCAAUAACAACACUGCCAGAUGGACCAGCCAGGAAAACUACAUUUACUCACUUGGCUGUAUCAAGACCAAGUAUUAAUUUAGCACAAAUACCUGUUUCACCACAGUCUCCUACUACUGCUCUAGCUUCAGCGACAGCCACGCUUUUGCCAACAACUGUUUUUAUUACAUCAACCCAUCAAACUACCCCACCCCCAACCUCAACAACAAUUUCUCUUGACCCAAGUGGUGGCAAUAGUGGAACGCCACUUCCUGAAACUGAAGGAUUUGCACCUGCUAAAACAUCAGAAGUUUCAAUCUUAUCUGUAACAAUUAUGGAGAUUCCGGCAGAGAAAAAUAAUGAAGAUGAAACAGUGUUAGAGUAUCCUAAACCAAGCAAGAAAAGGCCAAGUCACCAACAAGAUACGCACAGGUCACAUGAGAGGCGAAGGCCACCAAAGGUUCUACAUAAUUAUCCCAAGCACACUUCUGUAUCAACUAUGGAGCAAACUGAAAAUGAGUUGAAAAGCAGGACAAAUUUUGUAAGGGAGCAACAAACAGAUGACUAUGUUUUUCCUGUAAAAGGUAUCUUAAUCAUCAGUGGUGUUUUGGGUGCCCUGGCGGUAUUUACACUCGUAGUUCUCAUAUCUUAUGCAGUUAUUAAGUGCUCCAAAAAACCUGUUGUAAAUAAUUACCAAGUUUCUGAACAAAAACCAGUAGCUCAAUGAAACACUAUUGAUGGCAUAUAUUUAUAUUCUCAUGCACCUCAAAUUCUGCUGCCAGUACUGUAAAUCAUUUACUGCACACUCUCACCACCGGGAUCAGCAUCAUAUUUUCUGUGAUGCUGAUCCCAGUAGUGACCUUACUGGGGGGUCACUACUGGGAUCAGCCUACUCUAAAUAAAAAACUGAUCCUCUGUCAUUAAAAAUAUACAAUAAAACUACAAUUCCUUAACCCUUCUGCUGCAGCAAUGUUACACAAUCCUCUUCCCCAGUCCAGCAUUGUUUAAAAAAAAUUAGUUCAUAUGAACAUAUUAUAUACAUAAAAUUAUGUCAAGUUCAACAGAAAUAAGCAUAAAAUUUUAGGUGCUAUGGUUUGGCUGUGGUAGGCUGAGUAAGGAGGAUUUGCCCCUAACAAAUAUAUUUAUGGAAAAAUACGUGGUUAAGUCAGGAGGAUUUACCCUAACAAAGAUUUUUUUUUCUUUUUUUUAGAAUACAGUAUACACGAGUUGUUACAUUCUUGUACAGCUACUAGUACGCGUAGCAUUUCGGGCAAGUCCUUAAUCCUAAGUUCCCUGGUAAACGAACCCCG